CUCGGAGUCGACGCGAACACUCGAUAUUUGCAAUAGAACUACAGCGAAUGCCAGGGUCUAGACAGGCAUGCAUAAGGCAUGCCUACCAUACGAUUCCGAAGGUGAAUCUGACCUAUUUCGAUGCUCGCCACGUUUGAUAUCGAAGUCUUCAUGUAUUCUUACAUCGGAUACUCCCGCAGUGCAGCCCUCAUAGCCAUGGUACAGGGUGCAACACGUUGUUCUGGCCGAAAAGCGCUCGCCACGGAGCCAAUUACUUAAACGCCCAGUACCGUUAUCCAUCUCUUUACGAUCGCACGCAAAGGAAGAUGUCUGAUAGCCACGACUCCACAGACACGAUAGGGAUAAAUAUUCACAGCAGGGACAUCAAGGUCGGCCGCGUAACGUGGUACUCUAUGGGGAGAGUGGGGUAGGCAAAAGCUCGCUCAUAAACCUUAUCAUGGGUCGUGAUGCAGCGAAAACAUCUCCUGAUGCCCUCGCAUGUACUACUACACAUGCUCCAUAUGAUGCGACGAUCACGGGCAACACUUCAGGCUGGUUUAAUGAGGGCUCAGAAGGCACCGUGCCUGCGGUGAUGGCUGAAAGAAACUUGACUGCGUUCCUCCGAGGUCUUAACCAGGAAGAUGGUGUCCAUCUUCUUAUAUACUGUGUGCGCGGAAACGCGAGCAACAAAGGCUCUCAAAGUGCCCACGAUAUUGUGGUGACGUGCCUGGAAGACUUCCGUCCUGUGAUGGCAGAGUGGUGGAACGAGAACAAGGACGAGCUUGCAACAGUCCCCGGAUAUUCACCAACGUCAUGCACAAAGCAUUCUAGACCAUUGUUCGCAAACUCCUCACAAACGUGGGGCACUGAAGAUCAGCGAAGCUUCCUCGCGAUUUUGCUGCAGAAGUAG